GCCUGCCGUAAACGUAACAGAAUAUGGAGAUAUACUUCUGUUGACCCUAAACCUAAAUAAAACACGUAAAGUAUCCGCUGAUCGUACACAAUUCGUGUAUGUGAAUGUAUGAUUUUACAUUAUGUGAAAUGGUAUGAAAAUCAGUUAUAAAAUACAUCGUUAUUUGCUACUGACUGCUGUGUCGGCAUUCAAAAUCUGAGAAGUACUAUUAUGAUACAUUUGGUGGACUUACCUUGGGUGGAUGUGGUCUAUGCGCAUAUUUUUUCCCACUUGAACUUACAAGAUUUGUUCAGCUUGCGAUGCGUUUCAAAAGAACUUUGCCUUCUUGUCGACAAAUAUUUCGUUCCGUGGCAAUCGUUGGAUCUCUCUGAUUAUACUUGUAUUGGAUCUACUGCUUUUGGAGUAUUGGUGCGAUCUUGUAACAACUUGAAAUAUGUUAAUCUAAAAAACAACAACUGGCUCGACAGUAUUCAACUCAUGUUAUUGUUACACAAGCAUUGUAACUUGACAGCGUUAGAUCUGAGCGGAUGUAACAAUGUAUGCCUGCAUCGCAGUUCCAUUGAUAUUUCCAAGUGUCAGAAUCUCACUUCAAUAAAACUACAGAAUUGCACGUGGGUUACUGAACGGUUUUUACUGAACUUAGCACAAUGCACUAAAUUGCAAGAGGUGAUAUUGGCAGACUGUUAUCAAGUAUCAGAUCAAGCAGUAAUUUCUUUUUGCCAAAACUCGGGGAGGUGAGAUACCAGCAUACAUAGUUUUUUUUUUAAUAUUCUCAAUAGUAUUUGUUAUUAGGCUUUAAAAAUAGUUUUCAAAAUGAAUAUAUUCUCAGCGCUUCAAUAAUU